AGAAGUGGGUGAUGACUGAUCUUCAUGAUGCUUGGAGGCGACACAAACAAAAAAGUAAAGAGAGAGUUUUUGAUAAAAAUAUUACUCUUGAAGAAAUUCUAGCGAAACGUCCUAAAGACAUUCCAGAAGCUCAAUUCUUCAAGUUCAGUGAGUAUUGGAAGCACCCAACUGUUCAACCAUAGCUGAAAUGAAUUCGAAAAAUAGGAAAAUACAACAGUGGAGGCAUCGAAUGGGACCAAUUAAUUUUGCUAGAGUACACGUGAAAUUGCGUGCAACAAAAGAAAACAAUGAAGAACCAUCACAACCUGAAAUGUUUAUUGCAACUCGUACAAAGACAGGAAAGGAAAUUCAGGUCGAUACCCAAAUUGCAAUAACUGAACUUCAAAAUCGUCGAAAUUCUCGGGAAACGGCGGAUGAUGCCUUUAGGGAAGUGUUCGGAAAGGAACAACCUGGCAGACUUAGGUGUUAUGGCAGAUCAAUGAUAACAAGUUCUCUAAAAGAAGAAGAAGAAAUUAACAGGCUAAAACAAAAGCAUGCUAAUGAAAUCAGUUCUCUGAAGGAAGAAAUGAAUGAAAAAAUGAAUGAAAUGAGAGUAGAAUGCGACAUUUUUUUAGCCAGUUGCUGUAAAAUAACCAUGGAUUUGAAUGUUCAAGAUAUACAAGGUGUUGUUGGAUCUAAUAUUGUUUCACCUAUAUUCGAUGCAAGUAGCGCACAAGCUGUUAGAGGCAAAAAUAUUGCACAUUCUUCAGGAUCAACUCAUGAUUCGAUUAUUCAAAAGGGAAAUGGUGGUGAUCAAAUUUGAAGGGUCGCUACAAGUAAAUUUGAUCUCAUCGAAGUGGAUUAUGAAGCGUUUUUGAAUUAUUGUAAUAUUACUUUUUGAACAAUUGUGUACAUAUAUUUUGAAUAUUGUUGUAUAAGUAUUUGAAAGUACACAAGACGUACAAUGUUUUGAGGUUUAUUGCAAAUCUAUGUAUUUGAA